AUGUUGAUUUCUUCCAGGGCCCACAGGGUGCUCACCAUCCUUUCCUUCUGCAUUCAGGUGACGCUGGUCUCGGCGGCUCCUGGGAAGGUGACCUGUGAGCUGAGAGUCGAGGAGGAGCACACCAACAAGCUGGGCACGCUCCACGGGGGGCUGACGGCCACCCUGGUGGACAGCAUCUCCACCAUGGCUCUGCUCUGCACGGAGAGGGCCCUGCCGGGCGUCAGCGUGGACAUGAACAUCACGUACAUGUCACCGGCGAAAAUAGGCGAAGUGGUGGUGAUAACAGCACAGAUCCUGAAGCAAGGGAGGACGCUGGCCUUUGCCUCCGUGGACCUGACCAACAAGACGACGGGGAAGCUGGUAGCUCAGGGCAGACACACCAAGCACCUGGGGAGCUGAGGACAAAGGCCUCCCCACCCGGCGGGGUCGCGGGGGACGACUUCAUGUACCUAAUAAAUCAGCACAACCAGAA